AUGUUCCUGCUGGCGCUGGCGUGUGCCGUGGGCAGUUCCUUCGCCGUUCCCUUUCCGCCGAUGCUGCCGCCGGGGCUGUCGCCGGCUUCCCUGGCGACGUCGGCCAACCCGCCCUUCACGCCUGCCAUACGGACGUCCCUUCUGCUGCCCCUCGAACCGCCGGAACAGUUCCAAGACGCCCCUGAACUCCAGCCGAUGGCUCUUGUCACCGACGUGGGCGCCAACGCAACAGAGACCUCCGCCAUUGACUCGACUUCGUGGCAAGAGGGUUCCAACUCGACGAGCGACUCCACUUCUAAACCUGGCAAGGAGUCCUCCCGAGAUUCGCGGACGAAUGCCUCGGCAACAGCAGCAGCUGCUGUAACGAGCGCGCCGCCAUCGGAUCCUCCGGCGAAGGCAGCUGUGCGGCUUAACGUCGCCGCGAUGGCCGGGCGGUCCAACCAGGCAGCUUCCGGGAAUGGGCACUCUUCCAGCGAGAAUCCGACACCACGUGUCAGUGCCGGCAGGGUGCCCCCUGCUCCCUCGCUCACAACCACCGAAUCCCCGGCCGAGGAGGACUAUCCCGCUAUCCAGGUGUAG